UAGUGUAGUUCGAGGAACCCAACUGGCAAGAUGUCGCGGCUUGGAAUAAUAUACCUUCUGCUGCUGCAAGUGGUGCUUAACUCUGGCAAACCCCUGCCAGCAGGUGUCUAUGAUCCGGAGGAGGCGGCUGGCUUUGUGGAGGGCGACAUGAUGCUGACGGAGGAGCAGCAGAGGAAUCUGGAGCCCGGAGCUCCCAUGGCCCGCAAUGGACUUAUCAAUACGGAAAAGAGAUGGCCCGGCAAUGUGGUGGUCUACAGGAUAUCGGAGGACUUCGAUGCGGCGCACAAGAGGGCCAUCGAAAGCGGCAUCUCGACCCUGGAGCAGAACACCUGUUUGAGAUUCAGGGAGGCCACCGACGAGGAUGCGGCCUAUCUGACGGUUACGGCCAAGUCGGGAGGUUGCUACACGGCAGUGGGCUACCAAGGAAGGCCACAGGAGAUGAAUCUGGAGAUCUACCCGCUGGGCGAAGGAUGCUUCCGGCCGGGAACCAUCCUGCAUGAGUUUAUGCACGCCCUGGGCUUUUAUCACCAGCAGAGCUCGGCCAUUCGGGAUGGCUACAUAAACGUGGUCUAUGACAACAUUGUGCCCGGCAAGGAGUUCAAUUUCCAGAAGUAUGCCGACAACGUGGUGACCGACUUCGAAAUGGGCUACGACUACGACAGCUGUCUGCACUAUCGUCCCGGAGCCUUCUCCGUGAACGGCGAGGAUACAAUAGUGCCCCUGGAUGCCAGUGCGACAAUUGGACAGCGCGUGGGUCUCAGCUCCAAGGAUAUUGAUAAGAUUAACAUUAUGUACAAGUGCCCCAUUCUGCUGUGAUCCAGAAUCGGGUAGACUGUGUACCUAGUCAAAUGUGAUAUAUAUAUAUUUUUUUCGGGCACCGACUGAAGCGAUUAGAUCGGUUUUAUUGAUCUACGCUGUCAUUGUCACUGCGGUCUGUACUAUUUUUAAAGAAACGUAAAUUAAAGUAAUAUUCCUUUA